GAGUCGGAGCCGAGCCCCGCCCGCCGCAGCUGCCACUGCCGGCCCGUCGCCGCGCCCCGGGCUCCCGCGCCCUCCGCCCGCCGCGGCCCUCGAUGCGGGGCCGGGCCGCUGCGUGAUGGGACUGCGGAGCGGCGUCCUGUGGCUCGCGGCGGCCGCUGCUCGCGCUGAGGAGCGUCGGUGCCGGGCCCCCCAGGUCCCCGCGCGCCGCGGCGCCUGCUGACCCGGCCCGCCCGCCCGUGGCCCGCAGCGCGGCUGAGGAAACUUGAAUAUAACUUCAAAAGAACAUUUGAUUCUUUCUUUCUGGACUGCAUAUAUAUAACAAGACCAUCAGAAUGUCGGGAGCCUCAGUGAAGGUGGCUGUCCGUGUGCGGCCCUUCAAUUCUCGAGAGACCAGCAAAGAGUCCAAGUGCAUCAUUCAGAUGCAAGGCAACUCGACAAGUAUUGUUAACCCAAAGAACCCAAAAGAAGCUCCCAAGUCCUUCAGCUUCGACUACUCCUACUGGUCUCACACCUCGCCCGAAGAUCCUUGUUUUGCAUCUCAAAACCGUGUGUACAAUGACAUUGGAAAGGAAAUGCUCUUACAUGCCUUUGAGGGAUAUAAUGUCUGUAUUUUUGCCUAUGGGCAGACUGGUGCUGGGAAAUCUUAUACAAUGAUGGGUAAACAAGAAGAAAGCCAGGCUGGCAUCAUUCCACAGUUAUGUGAAGAACUAUUUGAGAAAAUCAAUGACAACUGUAAUGAAGAAAUGUCUUACUCUGUGGAGGUGAGCUACAUGGAGAUUUACUGUGAAAGAGUACGAGAUUUGCUGAAUCCGAAAAACAAGGGUAAUUUGCGUGUGCGUGAACAUCCGCUUCUUGGCCCAUAUGUGGAAGAUCUGUCAAAGUUGGCAGUGACUUCCUACACAGACAUUGCUGACCUCAUGGAUGCUGGAAACAAAGCCAGGACAGUGGCAGCUACCAACAUGAAUGAAACAAGUAGCCGUUCCCAUGCUGUAUUUACCAUUGUUUUCACCCAGAAGAAACAUGAUACUGAGACCAAUCUUUCCACUGAGAAGGUUAGUAAAAUCAGUUUGGUGGAUCUAGCGGGAAGUGAACGAGCUGAUUCAACUGGUGCCAAAGGGACUCGAUUAAAGGAAGGAGCAAAUAUUAAUAAGUCUCUUACAACUCUGGGCAAAGUCAUUUCAGCCUUGGCAGAGGUGAGUAAGAAGAAGAAGAAAACUGAUUUUAUUCCCUACAGGGAUUCUGUACUUACUUGGCUCCUUCGAGAAAAUCUAGGUGGCAAUUCUCGGACUGCAAUGGUUGCUGCUCUGAGCCCAGCAGAUAUCAACUAUGAUGAAACUUUGAGCACUCUGAGAUAUGCAGAUCGUGCAAAACAAAUUAAAUGCAAUGCUGUUAUCAAUGAGGACCCCAAUGCAAAACUGGUUCGUGAAUUAAAAGAGGAGGUAACACGGCUGAAGGACCUUCUUCGUGCUCAAGGGCUGGGAGAUAUUAUUGAUACAUCCAUGGGGUCCCUUACUUCAUCUCCUUCUUCCUGCUCACUCAAUAGUCAAGUGGGCUUAACAUCUGUGACCAGUAUUCAGGAGAGGAUCAUGUCUACACCUGGAGGAGAGGAAGCCAUUGAACGUCUAAAGGAAUCAGAGAAGAUCAUUGCUGAGUUAAAUGAAACCUGGGAAGAGAAGCUACGUAAAACAGAGGCCAUCAGAAUGGAGAGAGAGGCCUUGUUGGCUGAGAUGGGAGUUGCCAUUCGGGAAGAUGGAGGAACACUGGGGGUUUUCUCACCUAAAAAGACCCCACAUCUUGUUAACCUCAAUGAGGACCCACUAAUGUCUGAAUGCCUGCUUUAUUACAUCAAAGAUGGAAUUACAAGGGUUGGCCAAGCAGAUGCUGAGCGGCGCCAGGACAUCGUGCUGAGUGGGGCUCACAUUAAAGAAGAGCAUUGUAUCUUUCGGAGUGAGAGAAACAACAGUGGGGAUGUUAUCGUGACCCUAGAGCCUUGUGAACGCUCAGAAACCUACGUAAAUGGCAAGAGGGUGGCCCAGCCUGUUCAGCUGCGCUCAGGAAACCGUAUCAUCAUGGGUAAAAACCAUGUGUUUCGUUUUAACCACCCGGAGCAAGCACGGGCUGAGCGGGAGAAGACUCCUUCUGCUGAGACCCCCUCUGAGCCUGUGGACUGGACGUUUGCCCAGAGAGAGCUUCUAGAAAAACAAGGAAUAGAUAUGAAACAGGAGAUGGAGAAAAGGCUACAGGAAAUGGAAAUACUAUACAAAAAGGAGAAGGAAGAAGCAGAUCUUCUCCUGGAGCAGCAGAGACUGGACUAUGAGAGUAAAUUGCAGGCCUUGCAGAAGCAGGUUGAGACCCGAUCCCUAGCUGCAGAAACAACUGAAGAGGAAGAAGAGGAGGAAGAAGUUCCCUGGACACAACAUGAAUUUGAGCUGGCUCAGUGGGCCUUCCGGAAGUGGAAGUCUCACCAGUUUACUUCAUUAAGGGACUUACUCUGGGGCAAUGCUGUUUACCUGAAGGAGGCCAAUGCCAUCAGUGUGGAACUGAAGAAGAAGGUGCAGUUUCAGUUUGUUCUGCUGACUGACACGUUGUACUCCCCUUUGCCUCCCGAAUUACUUCCCACUGAGAUGGAAAAAACUCACGAAGACAGGCCUUUCCCUCGUACAGUGGUGGCAGUGGAAGUCCAGGAUCUGAAGAACGGAGCAACACAUUAUUGGUCUUUGGAGAAACUCAAGCAGAGGCUGGCUUUGAUGCGAGAGAUGUAUGACAGGGCAGGUGAGAUGGCCUCCGGUGCCCAAGAUGAAAGUGAAACCACUAUGACUGGCAGUGAUCCAUUUUAUGAUCGGUUCCAUUGGUUCAAACUUGUAGGAAGCUCCCCCAUUUUCCACGGCUGUGUGAAUGAGCGCCUUGCUGACCGCACACCCUCCCCUACUUUUUCCACGGCCGAUUCCGACAUCACUGAGCUGGCUGACGAGCAGCAAGAUGAGAUGGAGGAUUUUGAUGAUGAGGCAUUCGUGGAUGACACCGGCUCUGACGCAGGGACGGAGGAGGGAUCAGAUCUCUUCAGUGACGGGCAUGACCCGUUUUACGACCGAUCCCCAUGGUUCAUUUUAGUGGGAAGGGCAUUUGUUUACCUGAGCAACCUGCUGUAUCCCGUGCCUCUGAUUCACAGGGUGGCCGUUGUCAGCGAGAAGGGUGAAGUGCGGGGAUUUCUUCGUGUGGCUGUACAGGCCAUUGCAGCGGAUGAAGAAGCUCCUGAUUAUGGCUCUGGAAUUCGACAGUCGGGAACAGCUAAAAUAUCUUUUGAUAACGAGUACUUUAAUCAGAGUGACUUUUCUUCAGUUGCAAUGACUCGUUCUGGUCUGUCCUUGGAGGAGCUGAGGAUUGUGGAAGGACAGGGUCAGAGUUCUGAGGUCAUCACUCCUCCAGAAGAAAUCAACCGAAUGAAUGAUUUGGAUUUGAAGUCAAGCACUUUGCUGGAUGGUAAGAUGGUAAUGGAAGGGUUUUCAGAAGAGAUUGGCAACCACCUGAAACUGGGCAGUGCCUUCACUUUCCGUGUAACAGUGUUGCAGGCCAGUGGAAUCCUCCCAGAGUAUGCAGAUAUCUUCUGUCAGUUCAACUUUUUGCAUCGCCAUGAUGAAGCGUUCUCCACUGAACCCCUCAAAAACAAUGGCAGAGGAAGUCCUCUGGGCUUUUAUCAUGUGCAGAAUAUUGCAGUGGAGGUCACUGAAUCAUUUGUGGAAUACAUCAAAACUAAGCCUAUAGUAUUUGAAGUCUUUGGGCAUUAUCAGCAGCACCCACUUCACCUGCAAGGACAGGAGCUUAACAGUCCACCUCAGCCAUCUCGACGAUUCUUCCCUCCGCCCAUGCCGCUCUCCAAGCCAGUUCCAGCCACCAAGUUGAACACCAUGAGCAAAACCAGCCUUGGCCAGAGCAUGAGCAAGUAUGAUCUUCUGGUUUGGUUUGAGAUCAGUGAACUGGAGCCUACAGGAGAGUAUAUCCCAGCUGUGGUUGACCAUACAGCAGGCUUGCCCUGCCAGGGGACAUUUUUGCUUCACCAGGGCAUCCAGCGAAGAAUCACAGUGACCAUUAUCCAUGAGAAGGGGAGUGAGCUCCACUGGAAAGAUGUUCGUGAGCUGGUGGUAGGCCGGAUUAGGAAUAAGCCUGAGGUGGAUGAAGCUGCAGUUGAUGCCAUCCUCUCCCUAAAUAUUAUCUCUGCCAAGUACCUGAAGUCUUCCCACAACUCUAGCAGGACCUUCUACCGUUUCGAGGCUGUGUGGGACAGCUCCCUCCAUAACUCCCUCCUUCUGAACCGAGUGACACCCUAUGGGGAAAAGAUCUACAUGACCUUGUCGGCCUACCUAGAGCUGGAUCAUUGCAUCCAGCCAGCUGUCAUCACCAAGGAUGUGUGCAUGGUCUUCUAUUCCCGGGAUGCCAAGAUCUCUCCGCCACGCUCUUUGCGUAGCCUCUUUGGCAGUGGCUACUCCAAGUCACCAGACUCCAAUCGAGUCACUGGAAUUUAUGAACUCAGUUUAUGCAAAAUGGCAGACACAGGUAGUCCAGGCAUGCAGAGGAGGAGAAGAAAAAUCUUGGAUACAUCAGUGGCGUAUGUGCGGGGAGAAGAGAACUUAGCAGGCUGGCGGCCCCGUGGAGACAGCCUCAUCCUUGAGCACCAGUGGGAGUUAGAGAAGCUGGAGCUCCUCCACGAGGUGGAGAAAACCCGCCACUUCCUGCUGCUGCGUGAGAGACUUGGUGAUAGCAUUCCCAAAUCCCUGAGCAACUCAUUGUCCCCUAGCCUCAGCAGUGGAACCCUCAGCACCUCCACCAGCAUCUCCUCUCAGAUUUCAACCACCACCUUUGAAAGUGCCAUCACACCCAGUGAGAGCAGUGGCUACGACUCAGCAGACAUUGAAAGCCUAGUGGAUCGAGAGAAAGAGCUGGCUACCAAGUGCCUGCAACUUCUCACCCACACUUUCAACCGAGAAUUCAGCCAGGUGCACGGCAGCAUCAGUGACUGUAAGUUGUCUGAUAUCUCUCCAAUUGGACGGGAUCCCUCUGUGUCCAGUUUCAGCAGUGCUACCCUCACUCCCUCCUCCACCUGCCCUUCUCUGGUAGACUCUAGGAGCAACUCUUUGGAUCAGAAGACUCCAGAAGCCAAUUCCCGGGCCUCUAGUCCCUGCCCAGAAUUUGAACAGUUUCAGAUUGUUCCAACUGUGGAAACGCCCUAUUUGGCCCGAGCAGGAAAAAAUGAAUUUCUCAAUCUUGUUCCAGACAUUGAAGAAAUUAGACCAGGCUCAGUGGUAUCUAAGAAAGGAUACCUACAUUUCAAGGAGCCACUUGCUAACAACUGGGCUAAACAUUUUGUCGUGGUCCGUCGCCCUUAUGUCUUCAUCUAUAACAGUGACAAAGACCCAGUGGAGCGUGGCAUCAUUAACCUGUCCACAGCGCAGGUGGAAUACAGUGAGGACCAGCAGGCCAUGGUGAAGACAUCUAACACCUUUGCUGUAUGCACAAAGCACCGUGGGGUCCUUUUGCAGGCUCUCAAUGACAAAGACAUGAAUGACUGGUUAUAUGCCUUCAACCCACUCCUUGCUGGCACAAUACGGUCAAAACUCUCCCGCAGGUGCCCGAGCCAACCGAAGUACUAAGUGACUCUGCUGAGCGCCCUCACUCGCCUUCCAAGAGAUAAAGAAAGUGUUACCUCUCAUUUCUCUUUGUGAUUCUUGACGGUUACUCUUGUAUGUAAUCCUGUGGCUUAACUACUUUUCCCUCCUUGUCCAGCACUUUUUCUAGCUCUCCUGUUCCCCAUCUCCAUUGCUCUGUACUCUUUUCUUUUUUCCUGUGCUGAAAAUCUUGUUAGAAGCAUGUGGCCUAACAAAAAGGGAAAAAAACAAACAAAAAAACAACCCAGAGAGGAUCCAGUGAAUCUCCAAAUUAUUUUUUGGUGUAUUUUGGCUUCCUUUUGUAUGAUAGGUCCCCAUUAUGACCACCUCUGUCUGUACUGCUGUCUUUGGAUAUGUUUGUCUGUUUUUCAAGAUAACAUAAUAGUUUUUUCUUUUCUCUGUUUGUGAUAUCACUUUAAUUUUUCUUGGGUGGCUUAGAGACUAAGGGAGGAGACAUCUGGCCUUUUUAGAACCUGAGAGGAGAAAACUGACCUUUUCCCCUUCUGUCUCUUUUUGCCAUGGCUAAUCCCUGCAUUUUUUCAUUCGGGGAAAAGGUUGUGGUGAGCUUAGAAAUGGGACAGGUACAUUCUCUGAAAUUGGGGCUUAUUUAGAACAUAGUUACAUAAUUUUCAUUUAGUGGAAGAGAGGAGGAGAAGAUCUUUUAGCAGGCCUGGAACAGUGGCUGCUGUUGACCUUGUAAGAAGAGAAGAGCCAAGGAUAUUGCCGGUGGAUUUCAAAAGGCCAUAGGAUUUGGCAGUGAGCCGUGAAGGCAGAGAGUCAAUAGGAUGCUUAUAGUUCCUCACAGCAGGAUUCCUAUGAACUGUUUUUCUCCAGUGGAAGGGAGCCUUUUAGAGUUUCUCAGUUCUUUUCUUGGUAUUAGUGUGAUGGUGGUAGUUUGGAAUUUAGUGCAGUGUCAUACACAAAUAUCCCACAAGGAGGGAGUGUUUCACUUUCUGAUGAUGAACUUGAUGGUCUUUGUUGUCAUUAUAAUCCUGAGUAGUGACCUUGUGAUUGUUGUAGCUCCCUUUGAUCAAAGAAAUGUAGCUUUUCAAGUAUAAACUUGGAAGUCUGCUGAAUCCGGUGGUCAUUUUCAAUGAUCCUUGUCAAAUUGAAAAUAUUUUCAAUGGGAUGUCUCCCUAUACUCUUAAGUAAGCAAACAUGGCAGGCUUUGCUUUCUGGAUCCCAGGAUUAAAACCAACCGCCUCCCACUGCUUAAAAACAAAAACAGAAGGACACCUGGGGGCAGCGAAGAGAGUCCACCUGAGCUCUGCCCCAGUGGUUUGUUGUUUGCAUCCACUUUGCCUUUCCUCCUUGGUUAUCUCCAUCAGGUAUGGAGGUAUUGCUGGAGAAGAAAGGAGGAAGCUCACUGCUGACAGUCUCCUUCUGUGACGGAACAGGGUCAUCAGCUUCCAGAGGCCAUCAUAGAUGAUACUCUUUUUGUUUCAGCUGCCAGUAAGUUUUACAGGAAUGACAUGGGAAAAAGAAGGACUCCAGGUUACUUCAGUUGCUUUGCCAGUUGACUUGGGGUUGUUUUGUACCAUCUUUACCUUUCUCGCUUGAACCUCUCUGUUUGACCAUCCCUUGGGCAUUCAGGGAAGUAUCUGCUCGCCCCCACUUUGUGGAGACCAAGGGUUCUCGGCCUCGAGGUUGCUGACUCUCAGGUGAUGGGGAACUUGAUGACUUUCUGCUUCAGGCAGCAAAGGGCAGGGCUGAUACACUCUGCACAUAGUUGCUGGGCAGGCUCAUUAUCACCCAGACUUCCUAGUUGGGCUCAUUGUAAUUGCUUUGCAAAGAGGAGGAAAAGUGAGGCACGGAGAGCUUUCUAAAAGAAAGGAUAGAAAUGACAAGCUGUGACCUUGUCUGAAAGAUGAUCAAUAAAAACUGUAUGGUAGCUUUUUUAAACUUUCUUCCUUUCCUUAAAACAUAGGUCAUUACCUGUGAUAUUAUUUGUUUUCUAAGCAGUAUGUGAGAUGUUUUCUAAGCAGUAUGUGAGAUGUUUAAUGUAGUUAGAGGUUUCUUCAUUGUCUAAUGGACACAAUAUGCCUUUCUGGUGUAUACUCAAAUUCAGGAUCUGCUGGUGCUUAGAGACAGCUUCCUGGACUGGAAUUAAAUCUAAUUUCAGGGAAAUGAAAUUUGAAGGUUACUUUUAGAAUUAAAUCAUGGAUGCUGCUGCUGUUAACGAAGUCUGAAUAGAAAGAUCCAUGUUUGUGACAAAGGGUGAUGGAGAAGGCUAAGGGAGAGUAAAAUCACGUGAUACACUGAAAUGACUUUUGUUUUUUCUUCUAACUCAAACAAAACUGGCUUGGAAAGUCUUUGCUUUGGAAGUGUCAGAUAUUAGAACAGGCUGAAUUGGAUUGUUGGUGACAUGCCCAGGUAAGAAGGCCUCAGGAGGAAGCAGGGAUCUCAGGCAGGCAUGCUUUCCACCAUCUAGGAGCCUCUGCUGUGGCUGACGGGUACAGACAGCCCCUGUUGGUACCCCCUCUUUCUCUAGGGGCCCAUCUUCAGAUUGGAGUUGAAACAGUUUCAGAAUUGAUGUUCCCUUUCUGGACAGACCUAUCCCCACUUUAAAGCUCUAAGAGAAGAGAUAUGGCAGGAACUAUUUAUGAGGCUUUAGCUGAAGCCAUAGUGGCAGGAAAGUUGAGGAACAAACUUAAUCUUUAAGGGAACCACCUUUCGAGAGUUGUUUUUUUUUCCCCCGAAAGUAUUCCUUUAAACAAGCAAAAAAAAAAAGCAAGAAAGAAAAGAAAACUGUUAUAUAAAUUAAAGAGAAAUGGGUGCUAGUUAAGACUAAUCAUCUCCCCCUGACAAUCCUCUUUUCUCUUGCCAAAGCAAAAUAUGGCCUCACAGCCCACACCAAACCAUUGCUCACACCCUCCUUGUCUCUGCGCCUGCCUGGGAGUCAGUCAGCUCUCAGGCCUGGCUGUGUGGGGCCAGCCAGCCCUUGCACACAGCCAGGAGUGUGGGGAAGGGCUGCUUCUGGCAGCUGAGUGGUCACUUGAAUUCUAGUACAUGGUUAAAACAUGGUGAAGGUGAGGGAAAAUGAUUUUUCCAAACUAAGAAACCACUUUUUUUCCCCCAUCAGUCACAUAGAACUUAUACAACUACUCAUAUUUUUGAUGGGUUUUUUUCAGCUCUUAAGAUGAAGGAGUAAAUUAAAUUAAAUCAUUGUGAAAGAUCUUUUAGGAUCUAAAAAUAAAAUGACUUCUCCUGGCACGUAUUUCAAAGCAAAGACUUUGUUGCCUGCUGCUUGUUGUCUAAUUUACAGGGAUAUUUAAUUUUGUAAGGUAUUUGUAUAUUUAUACAGCUGUAAUUAAUUGCACAUUGGACUGGAAAAGAAAGGAUGACCUAGCGUGUAGCACCUAUCGGUACUCUGCAUUCCCUUGUGCUCUUGGGUUCUCCCGGACAGUAUCAGGGCUUGUUCGUUUGUUUGUUUGACUUGGGUCCUUCAUUUAUCCUUUUGGUUCCCUUUUUAAAAUGUGAUUGUUAACUUGCUCCUUAAAAGGAAAAGACUAAUUCUGCUGCUGCUCUCAGAAGGUUUGCUGAAUGUAUUUUAAAAAGGACUCUAACUCAUGCACACUGCAGCUGUCCACCGUGGCCAAUAAUGAUUCACCCAAGUGUGUGGCCAAACCGUUACUGUAUGUAGAAGGAAUGUAUUGAUUUGUGUUUCCUUAAUAAAUUGAAAUUUUAGCUGAGAGAUUAUCUGCUAUUGUUGUUCAAAAGGCCAUUUAUGAAAUUCGUAUUUGAGCCCCAUAAAAUCUUAGGAAAACCUCUAAUCAUUUAAAGGAAGAAAUUAGAGUUGAUGUAAAUUUCGUGUUAAAAAGUCACAGCAAAUGGCUAUGCUCAGAUGGAAAGUCUGAGCUGAGGUUGGUCUCUUGCCAAACCCUGGCUGUUGUGUGUUGUUUUCAUGUCUUCGAGGUAAUUUUUUCAUGCUGCAUAUUCUGGCAUCAGUUCACCUAAGGAAUCCAUCAGCCUUCUCACGUUUGAAGAAUUGUCUUAGACUUUGUGGUUCUAAAGUACUUGUCUAUUGAGAUUUAAAGUCUCUUGUCACCAUCCUCAUGCACUACAACAAAACCCAUGAAGCAUAAGUGGCCUUUUUGAACCAAGACUUUGCAAACUGAUCUCUACCCAGUGAAGGAGUUGAGCACAUUAGCAACAAUGUACAUUAUUAAUUUCAGAUUUUCAUUUUCAUGUUUUAUUAUGUAAAUAUCUGAUGUUUGGAGCUUGAGUAUACAGAAUGUAAAUAUAGUUCUUGUAUUUGUACUAAUUCUGGUUCUUUUGCUGUAUAGCCUUAGAUGUGCAAUGCAGACAUUAUCUAACUGUGUAUGGUAACCUUGCAUCACGGAGCUAUUGGUGAACAAGGUAAAAAUAAUAAAGGUGCAGCCAGUGCCAUCAGAA